AUGUCGUUCAAGAAAGAGGAAGAGGCCUCGUUCCGGCACGACAAGACGGCCGUGAUCCAGGAGGCCCGCGUCUUCAAUGAGUCGAGCAUCAGCCCGCGGCGGUGCCGCAUCUUGUUGACCAAGGUGCUGUACCUGCUGUAUACGGGCGAGACCUUCUCGCAGCAGGAGGCGACGGACCUGUUCUUUGGGGCGACCAAGCUGUUCCAGAACAAGGACCCAGGUCUGCGCCAGAUUGUGUACCUCGCCAUCAAGGAGCUCGCGCCCCAUGCCCAGGACGUGAUUAUGGUCACGGCCUCGAUCAUGAAGGACAUGCAGCCCAACACGGAGGUCGUGUACCGCCCGAAUGCCAUCCGCGCGCUCAUGCGCGUGAUCGACCCGAGCAUGGUGCAGGGUCUCGAGCGCUAUCUCAAGUCGGCGAUUGUCGACCGCCAGCCCAGCGUCGCGUGCGCGGCGCUCGUGUCCUCGUAUCACCUGUUCACCGGCGCGCGCGACGUGGUCAAGCGCUGGAGCAACGAAGUGCAGGAGGCCAUCCAUAUGCGUCCGUCCGUGUCGCAGGGCGGGGGCCCGCUGGGUGGUCUCGGCCUGCGCCAGGGGCUUACGCUGCGCUUUGGCGGCGACAGCCACGGCAGCCAGGUCGAGACGGCGAGCCUGCCGAGCAUGAGCUACCUGAUGCAGUACCAUGCGCUCGGCCUGCUGUAUCUCGUGCGCCAGGGCGACCGCAUCGCUGUGACAAAGAUGGUGCAGCAGCUCGCCCAGCCGCGGCAGGGCGUUGUGCUGCGCAACCCCAUGGCACUGUGUAUGCUUGUGAGGUACGCCGCGCACAUUGCCGAAGAGGACGCAAACAUGCGCGCGCCCCUCAUCGAGCUGCUCGAGGGCUGGUUGCGCCACAAGAGCGAUAUGGUGAACUACGAGGCGGCGCGCGCGUUGUGCACGCUCACGGGCGUCGGCCCUGAGCCCCUGGCGCGCGCGAUAUCCGUGCUGCAGAUGUUCCUUUCGUCGCCCCGCUCGGUGCUCAAGUUCGCGGCGGUGCGCACGCUUGCGGAGCUCGCGCAGACGCGCCCGGCCGCGGUGCAGGCGUGCAACGUGGACAUGGAGAGCCUGAUCACGGACAGCAACCGCGGCGUGGCGACGUACGCAAUUGCGACAUUGCUCAAGACGGGCAACGAGUCGAGCGUCGACCGCCUGAUCAAGCAGAUCAGCGGCUUCAUGUCGGAGAUCAGCGACGAGUUCAAGGUGGUCGUCGUCGACGCGAUCCGCAGCCUCUCGUUCAAGUUCCCCACGAAGCAGGCGUCCAUGCUUGGCUUCCUUGCUGGUGUGCUGCGCGACGAGGGCGGCUACGAGUUCAAGCGCUCGGUUGUCGAGGCCAUCUUUUCGAUGGCCCGCUACGUCCAGGGCUCGAAGGAGGCGGCGCUGAGCCACCUGUGCGAGUUUAUCGAGGACUGUGAGUUUACGAAGCUCAACGUGCGCAUCCUGCACCUGCUCGGCGCCGAGGGGCCGCACAUGCCCGAGCCGCACAAGUACAUCCGCUUCAUCUACAACCGUGUGAUUCUGGAGAACGCUAUCGUGCGCGCGGCGGCCGUCAACAGCCUGGCCAAGUUUGGCCUACACAACGCGCAGCUGACGGACCGUAUCCGCGUCCUGCUGCGCCGCUGCCUCGAGGACGUCGACGACGAGGUGCGCGAUCGCGCCACCCUCGCACUGCGCACGCUCGAGCCGACGACACUGCCCCUCGCGCUCGAGGACGUGCCGAAUCUCAAGCUCCUCGAAGAGGGUCUGCAGGCGUACAUGGGCACGCCCGAGGCGGCCCCUGCGCCGUUCGACUACGACAGUGUGCCGCGCACCGCCAACGAGCCGGACGAGCCGGCCGAGGCCGCUGUGAGCAUGGCGCCUGCUCCGUCUGCGGCUGCGCCCGUUGCGCCGGCGCUCUCGGACGCCGUCGAUGCCAGUGCGGCGUAUGCGGCGCAGCUCGCGGCCGUGCCAGAGUUCGCCUCGUACGGCGCGCCCCUCACGACGUCGCCACUCACCGCGCCGGUGCCGCUCACCGAGACGGAGAUGGAGUAUGUGGUGACGGCGUCCAAGCACGUGUUCCCUGCCCAUGUGGUGCUUCAGUACCAUGUCACCAACACGCUGGCCGAGUCGGUGCUGGAGGAUGUCGUGGUCGUGGUGGGCGGCCUCGAAGAGGCAGGGCUGACGGAGGAGGCGGUGGUGCCGAUCCCGUCGCUCUCGGCAGCGAGCCCGAGUGGCUCAGUGUACGUGUCGCUGCGGCGCGAUGCCAGCUGCCCGUACCCCCUCGCGACGCUCAGCAACACGCUGUGCUUUGUGUCGAAGGAGGUCGACCCGUCGAGCGGCGAGCCGGAGCCCGAGGGCUACCAGGACGAGUACCAGACUGAGGCGCUCGAUCUGGGCGUGUGCGACUAUAUCCAGCCCGCGGACGUGGACUUUGCCGCGACAUGGGACACGCUGCCGGCGUCGGCCACCGAGACGUUCGCGCUGACGGCGCUCGAGAGUCUCGAUGCCUCGUGCGCCACGCUCCUCGAGCUGCUCGGCAUGCAGGCCCUUGGCGGCACUGACACGCCGUCGAACCCCAGCGUCCAUACGAUGCUGCUGGCUGGCCGCCUGGCGAGCCCCACGGGUCUGGAACUGGUGCUCGCGCGCGUGCGCAUGAUGCACCAGCCGUCCGAGGGCGUCACGAUGGAGCUCGCGGUGCGCAGCUCGAGCGACGAGGCAUGCCUCUUUCUUCUAUCGGCCAUUGCGUAG